AACAGAAAACCAAAUACUGCAUGUUCUCACUUCUAAGUGGUUGCUUUAUUUUCUUCCUUGUGGUCAUUCUUUUAGCUGAGACCUCUGUCCCUCAGAAAGAGAGGUGGGGGUAAGCAAUGCUGAGGACUUUUUCAUUAUAUAAAUUGGCUUCCGGUGUUGUCCCUCUACCGACUUCUGCUAGGUGUCCAACUACCCACCAUUACCCUCUUUUUGUAAUUUACUUGCUUCGUUUCAAUGUGGGGUAAAUACCCUCAUGUUGGGUUGGAGAAACUGGGGGCUCAGAGAAGCUGUGCAGGAUGAUUGAGUUCUCAUGCCAGGCUAUGGGUGAGUCUGAAGCCACUGUUAUCACAUGUUCAGCUACUGACAUGUCCCUCCAAAUUCUUCCUGCCUGCAGUGUGCAGGGAGUGGUUACAGAGCUGAGGUUGGCCAUAACUAUCUGAAUCUGAAAAGAUGUGUCCAGAAGCACAUUUGAGGAUAAAAGAGGGACGCACACUUGAGCCUGAAGGCCUGACCCCAAAUUGGCUGGCCAGCUCUCUGAAGCGGCUCUUUUCAGACCCACAUCCUGUGCAGUGCUCUGCAGAUCAGGCUGCCUCUCUGGGACUUGAAUGUUUCAAAAAGGAUCUAAAGGGCCUUUCAAAUGGUGCCGGGACAUAAAUAGCUUUCACAGAGGAAUGUUGCCUCAGUGAUGCGAUGACUGAAUCAGCACCACAUUGAAUUUGCAGCAAUCUGGUGCUCUGGGUAAUGGAGUGAUGGUAAAUGAACAUUAUUACGUUUUUACCCCAUGAAUGAAUCCUUAAUAAAAAAGACAAAUGGCUUCCAGGUGUCUUGCCACAAAAUUUCAACAACUGAGUCACUCAAGCUGGAGGGAAGAACAAAAGGCAGUAUAGAAUCUCCUCGUGAUUCAGUGGCCGCCAACUUGGAUUGUCCCCAGUUCCAACUUUAGCAUCUUUCUUUAGUCAUCCUACUGCACAGUCAGUUCCCCUUGUGUAAAUGCACAACAGGAGGAAAUUCUAAUGAAAGGACAAAGCUGCCACUGUCCCAUCUGACCAAGCGUCCCCAGAGAGAACAGGCUCCCCAUACAAGGAAAUACUGUUCCUGAGAGGAACCACCUGUGGCUCGUCUGUGGCCGGGUCUUGAAUUACUGGCCAUUCCGGAGCAGGACCGAUUGAUGUGCCGACUCCUGUGGUUGCUAGGAUGUAAGGUGAUGCUGACGCUGCUGGUCCAGGGACCAUGCUUGGAGACCCACUACACUAGGGCAAGCAGGAAGAGAGUCCUCCUUCUGGAACUGAAGAAGGCAGUGUGAAGACCCAUGUGGAGCGCCUUAACCCGCAGCCUCUCUGACCACCCAGUUGGCAAAGACCCUCAGGCCAUGAGGACUGGCCAAAGACAGAACAAAGGGAUGAGGACUCGACUGGGAUGCCUGUCUCACAAGUCAGACUCGUGUAGUGAUUUCACAGCUAUUCUUCCAGACAAACCCAACCGCGCUCUCAAGAGAUUAUCCACAGAAGAAGCUACGAGGUGGGCAGAUUCCUUUGAUGUGCUUCUCUCUCAUAAGUAUGGGGUGGCUGCAUUCCGUGCCUUCUUGAAGACGGAGUUCAGUGAGGAGAACCUGGAGUUCUGGUUGGCCUGUGAGGAGUUCAAGAAGACCAGGUCAACAGCAAAACUGGUCUCUAAGGCCCAUAGGAUCUUUGAGGAGUUUGUGGAUGUGCAGGCUCCACGGGAGGUAAACAUUGACUUCCAGACCCGAGAAGCCACGAGGAAGAACAUGCAGGAGCCGUCCCUGACUUGCUUUGACCAAGCCCAAGGAAAAGUACACAGCCUCAUGGAGAAAGACUCUUACCCCAGGUUCCUGAGGUCCAAAAUGUACUUAGAUCUGCUGUCCCAAAGCCAGAGGAGGCUCAGUUAGACCUCAGAAGUGGACUCCUGGAAAUCACCGGCUUUCCCCUCCUCUUGCUGCCAAGAUCAUAUUCUAAUGUGAAAUGUCAUAGGUGUUCAAAAGUGGUGGCAUUGGGGGUGAGAGGCUGGGGGUGAGGAGGGAAUGAAGGGCCAUUCCAAAGUAUGACCCAGCUGCUGGAGCUUGGACUCUAUUCCAUUUACCCAUGUUUGUGUUUUGGUUAGUGGUAGCGCCUUGCCGCUGUCACCCUUUUCUGGGUCAGCAACUCGCCCUUCAUAAUGCCUUGAGUCACCUCUGCUGAGAGGGCAGAUUUGCUGUGCUAGGCUAAUCUGUAAAUAAUGCAAAUGCAAUUCCCACCACCUCCACACUCUCCUCAGUUAGGAUUCCUGACUCCACUUGUUGUAAAUCCCUGGGAGGAGUAGCUGAAAGACUUGGGCUCCACUCUGUGAUUUGUAGUGGCCAGCUCUGCUCACUGGGACCUCACAGCUUAGGAGAGAGGUUUCUGUGGAAUUCCAAGUUUCUAGUGCUGUCAUUGACAGGUGACCUCUCGGAGAAGGAGUGAAAUCCAUGGAGUUGUUUGUUUCUUCCAUUUCCAUUGGACCAGUGUGAAAAACUGUGAUUACUUUCCAUCUUGGCCUAGGAAAUUCACAAGACUACCCUACCCUUACAUUUCCAGAAAGAGUCUUGGGACAUGUCCUUCAUGACUUCUGAAGUGGAAUUGCCAUGAAGAAAGAUACAGCUUACAAAUCUUCCUCAAUUCUACGAAGAACUUUUCCAGAAGUCAGGAGACGAGGGAAUGUAGCACCAGUAGACUUCUAUUCAAAGGGGUACCAUAUAACCUGUCUGUUGCUCUUUGUCUUCUCUGCCCUCACCUCUCUGCAGCAUCAUACAUCACUGAUCUCUUAGGAUGACAACUUGGCAAAGGGAGGUGAAUUCCUGUAGCAUGGAGUGCUCCCACGGUGCCUAGUACUUUCCCUGUAUCUCCACCUCCCCCCUUCCAUGCCGGUCAUGUAAUUAUGAUGGGGGAGAACGGGAAUUUAGGCUGAAACUCUUUCCAGCAUACUUCCUGGGAACAUGCUUACUUAGAAAGAUCUCUUUCUUGGAUACCAUGAAGCAGCUUCUUUCUUGAUCUUUGACCUUUUGGAAUUGAGCAUGAAAUAGGAGGUGUGGCUAAGAAGAUCACUGUGAGCAUCUGGAUGUGGAGAACCUUCCUAAAAUGCUUUCAUGGUAUCCUACAGCUGCUCUUGGAAGUGUGUCAGGCAACUCUUCCUUGGAGGAUGAGUGAACAGCCUGGAACCUACUCUAGCUACCCAGGAAAAAGCUGACUUUGGCACAAGAGUAGUGCCAAGGAGAUGAACCUUUAGCAGAGAGACCAGAAAGUGAAAGUGGGGCAUGCAAGAGGCUGGUUUCCAGGUGGAGAGGCUAACAGAGUGGAGUUACUGUUGGAAUAAUUCACGACCAAUGGAUUUGGAUUCACUGCAGAUCUACAAAACUUUCAGCUUGACUAAGUGGAACAGCACAUGAUUAAGCAUAAGCUCUGUGCAGGCGAUUGCAAACUGAGCUGAACCAUUCUCGUUUUAAGGGGUGAGGGGCCUUUUAAGGUUAUGCUGGUGGUGUUCCAGUGCUUGUGUUCCUCUCCGUUAACUUUGAGAAUCUCUUCCUUUUUUAGCUAUAGCUAGACCAAGCCAAGAAGGCCCUUGAGUCCCACUACUGCUAGGGCCCACUGCACUGCCACGGCACAUUGUUAUCUGUGAGUGAGGGUGGGUGUGACUGUGUGAACCUCAAGGGGAGAGAAGAACACACGUCUCCUACCCCUCACACCGAAGAGACCUGUGGAAUUUCGUGUUCGAGAACUCCAAAGCCUCAAAUGGGUGAUCCUAGUUAGAUCAGGUAGUAUCCUCCCAACCGUGGUUAAAAAAACAAAUCAUUCUUUUUUAGAUAAAGCUGCCAGAAUUAAUUUAAUGAUUAAAUUCUCUAACAGGGUAUUUUAAACAUUGUUUACAUAUGAAAUGUGCAUCUGCUGCCAACUCUACUGUCGAAUAUGAGGUGCAUAUAAAUUGGAAUUGCACAGAGUUAUAGAAAUGUGAAACAUUCUAAAAGGGGCCUUUUUCACUACUUCCACUAUCCCAAGGAGAAAAGCCUGAACGAGAGUGUCGUGCUAUGGCCUCAUAGAGGGACCUAGAGUUCUUGCCAACUAUUGAGGAAACGAAGGCUGCAGGUGAUGGUAUCAUGGCGCCCUGGUGACUUCCUCCCACAAUGGGGAGGUGUGAAAGACCCAGCUUGGGGAUCCUGAAUUUUGCAGCUAAGCAAGGGUAUGUGGGCGUGUGUCCGUGUGUAGAGGAACGUGAUAGCUAAAUUUAUGGUACUCCUGUGGAGCGUCUCUGUGUGUUUGUGUGUGUGUGUGUGACAAUUGUGAGCAUUAGACUAGUACAUGGCAGACAUGAUCUUCCCAUGGGGUGGAGCUUUCCUCAUACCCUGUAUGCCCUGCUUCCCACAAGAGGCGCAGAGCUCUCGACUCUGAUGCCUAGUUUUAGGCACUCUGGUUGUGCCAACCCAGAUUUUGGUCUGUGAUAAAACAAAGAGAAAUGUUUACAACAUCUAGAGCAAUAUCCAAGCAUACCUCAUCCCUGAGCUUCCAUGUUUCCCAGUCCUGCCCUCUCUCCCAUUGCCUCUUCCACAAGCUCAUGUCCUUGGGUAUCACUUCCAUUUAUUUCCUGUCUUCCUUUGCUCCUCAAGCCGGGCCUGUGCUGUGGACUUGCUCUCUGGACUCAAGGCUUGCUGGGUCCUGGGCCUGUGCAGGCUCCAGGCAAGCCAGGGCAGGAGUCCAGGCAGAGCUGUGACUUCCAGAAUUGCUCUCCAUCCCUGAGUGACCUUGCCCCACUGGAGGGCUAACUUGUUUGGGGGCUGGUGUGAGAUUCAUCAUUGCCCUUGGCAAACUAAAUAGAAUACUGUCAGAAUCAACCAUUCAUGGCCUUGGGCACCUCUGGGGUGAGGAAGAAUCCUCUGAGGCUGUCCUUCUCAUUAAACUUGAGCACGCACAGGAAUCACCUGGAAAGCCUGUGACAAGUGCUAAUUCCCAGGUGCACACCCAGAGAUGCUGAUCUGAUAGACCUGAGAUGGGGCCCAGAAAUCAAUAUAUUUAAUAAGUUCCUAGGUGGCUAGUGGCCUGUGGACUUGGAAAAAGGAUGGUCUUAGACAGUGGCUCAUGACCUUGGCUGCUCCUUAGAAUCACCUAGGGAGUUUUUAAAACCCAGAUGUCCAGGUCCCACCCCAGAACAGCCAAAUCAGAAGCUUUUGGUAGAGACCCAGGCAUCAGUCACUUUAAAGCUCCACAGGUGACUCCAAUGUGCAGCUGAACUUAGAAAGCAUUGGUCUAAGGAGUGAGGAGGAACGCAGUGUAGGGGAGGGGAAAGGGGGGAACACAGCUGUGUGGACCAGGGGGCUGGCGCAUUUCCAGAUGCAAGCACGUAGAUACUGAGGAACCUGGCUGGUCCUGAAACCUGACUCGGGAUGCUGCCUCGAUGCCCUCAGGGUCUGACUUGCUCUUUUGAGAUAAAGGUGAUUUGGCCCAAGCUGCGUGCAUUGCUGGGCAGCGGCCAUGCCGAAGGUGGUAGCUGAAGGGAUCCUUGAUCGAAAGAUGCUCUGCCGUGCUUUCCGAGUCCUGUCUCCUCCAAGCUUGUCUCCUAGGCUGUUUCCCCUGUCUGUUUUCCUGCGCCCUUGUGUUUGGCCAUUUUUGCAUUAGGGUGUGUCUCUGUACCCAAGGCCACACGACAAGGUAGUUGGAACCCCCACUCAUGUAGUGAGUGAAGAGCGUCGUGGUAAUAAUAAUAGUAGUAACACAACUUCCAAAUUUAUCAAUGGAGAGUGUCACAUCCUGGGGAUAUCAAGAUCUGUGAGGCCUUUCCAAGCCCUCACCAUUCCCUCUUUGGUCCCAGGUUGGGUGGGCAGCUGGGAAGGUCCUAGUUGAUUUUAAUCUCCGGUGCUCUCCCCAGAACUGCUGCUCUGAGUAAACCAAAGCUGUGAAAGAGCGUUCUGCGCAGGCUGUGGGCCCAGCCUCUGGGUGCAGGCCCUGGGCGCUUGAGCUGGGCAGCUCAGCUGGCUCUGCUGUGAGGGCAAGCUGUGAACUUAACUGUACUGAAAGCUGGGGAGGGUAGAAUGGGGAAGACUGAAGAGGAAGGAGCGGGUGGGAGAGACCAGCCGCUAACAUGGUGUCUGCUUCUCCAUGGACCAGAGGAGAAGGGAUGAGUAGAAAAUGCAGAGGCAGGAUGGUCUCCCAGCAACAAGAGUGUCCAGAGUUCUCCUGACUGACCCUGUCUGUGCCCAGUUCCACGGAAGGCAGAGGCAUCACGGUUUUCCAUCCCAGGCCACCCUGCCAAGUGUCAGGCCUCUUUAAAUCUGCAUCCCUCUGGGUUAGAAGCAAGAGAGGUGGCAAAGCCUCCCUGGCACUGAGAGCCUGUUCCAACGUGCCACUCGGCAUGAGAUGGUGGAGGAAGAAGCCAAGAGCAGAGAUGCCUUCCUGUUCCCGUGGCCUCUCAGGACUCCACAAGAUGCUGUGGACCAAGACGGGAGAUCUCAGGAUGGGGCCACUGGCCUUCCUAGGUUGGGCUCUGGGUCCUUUUAAUAAACUGUUCCUUUCCUGGUUCUUACUCCCUUUUGGUCCUUCCGCUCCCUUCCCUCUGCCAGGUAUGGAAAAGGUGGCUGGGCUGGGUGUGCGCUCCAACCCCGGUAGCAUUAGCUGAGUCACGCGGCGAGCACACAACAGAUUUGUAGCAGCUCAUCUGCCAUAUAAACCGCUUGGCUGAUGGUGUCCUCAUUGAGUUGUUUCAUUACCAUGUAAAGUGGAAUCAUGUCUUUCACCUUUACUAUAAACAAGGCUGUGAGAACAUAAUAAACAGAACCUGAACAAGCUG